AUGGCGUCCUCAAGUGUCAUGUAGCCGUUAGCUAACACUUCAGCACUUUUAGUGUUUUAAAGCCUUGUCUCUUAAAUAUUUGUCUAAUAAUCAUCCUAAAAAACAUGCCGAAUUAUUUAGAAGUAGUUCUUCUUUCAUGUUUUCCCACAUUCAUGGGGACAACUAUCACUGGAUUACUUCAAGACCGAAGAGAAAUAAAAGUAUAUCGAAGUCCAGAGGAGUUCUGGAGUUUAACAUGGCAACCUAUUUCUCUUGAUUUUGGAGCGAGUUUUUCGACCUUUAUUCGAAGUCAGUCCCAGAUAUGAAGACAUCCUCGACAGCUGUGUCAUCAGAGGGUCUCACACUGACUUCAUCUCAGAGACUGGAAUCCAAACACUCUGACAGGAGAGCUGAGGAGUUCACAAGCCCCGCCCCCUGAUGGUUAUCAUCCAAUCACAAGUCAGGAACCAUAACUUGUCACAGCAGAGGCUUUAAGAGCGGAGCUGCUGGAUUCAGAGGAGCAGAGAGGAGCGCAGAGACACGAGCUGCACGGAGGAGAGAGAGAGAGAGAGCGCGCGCGAGAGAGAGAGAGAGAGAGGAGCUGGAAGCUGAACCGGCCAUCAGCUGAGUGUCUCCCCCCCACAGAUGAGCCACCACAGACCCGGCCGCAGACCCGGCUCUGUGCUGGGCAGCCGGAGCUAGGACGCAUGUCCGUGCGCCCCGCGGCUCUUCCAUCAUCAACUUCUCCUCCUCCUCCUCCAAAGACUCUUUCUUUGAUCCUCUGUUUGUCAUCCCUCCAUCAUGGUGCUGGGCAAAGUGCGGGCCUUGGCGGUCUUCUUUGAUAGUCUGAAUGAGAACAACCUGCCCGUGUUCUCCGGAGGGGACCUGGUGUCCGGGAGGGUGGUGGUGGAUGUGAGCGGGGACGUGCGCGUGAAGAGUCUGGACAUCACCGCGAAGGGAGUCGCCAAGGUGCGCUGGACCGAGUCCCGGAACGCCGGAGCGAACACGGCUUACGCGCAGAACUACACGGAGGAGGUGGAGUACCUGCACCACUCCGACACCCUGAUAGGAGAGGAGAGAGACGAGGACUGUCCAGAGGAAGGUCUGACCGUGCUGCACCCGGGUCUUCACGAGUUCGCCUUCAGCUUCAACCUGCCGCAGAUGGCUCUCGCCACUUCGUUCGAGGGGAAGCACGGCAGCGUGAGGUACUGGGUGAAAGCUGAACUGCACCGUCCGUGGCUGCUCCCGGUCAGAGUGAAGAAAGAGUUCAUUGUGUUCGAGCACAUCGACAUCAACACGCCGCUGCUGCUGGCUCCUCAGGCGGGUACGAAGGAGAAAACCUUGUGCUGCUGGUUCUGUGCGUCCGGCCCGAUCUCCCUCAGUGCCAAGAUAGAACGAAAGGGCUACACACCAGGCGAGUCCAUCCAGAUCUUCGCCGAGGUGGAGAACUGUUCUUCCAGAGUCGUGGUUCCUAAAGCUGCUCUGUACCAGACUCAGACCUUCUUCGCUAAGGGGAAGGGCAAGCAGAUCCAGCAGCUGGUGUCCAACCUGAGGGGAGACCCUCUGCCUCAGGGGAAGAGCCAGAGCUGGGAGGGCAAGCUGCUCAAGAUCCCCCCGGUGUCCCCGUCCAUCCUGGACUGCCCCAUCAUCAGAGUGGAGUACGCCCUCGUGGUGUACGUGGACGUUCCCGGCGGGCUGAAUCUGUCGCUGUCAUUGCCGUUGGUGAUCGGGACCAUACCUUUGCACGCCUGCACCUCCCGCACCUCCAGCAUCAGCAGCAACUGCAGCACUCUGAGCUGGCUGGGCCUGCAGGAGCGGCCUGAGGCUCCGCCGAGUUACAGCGAUCUGGAGAUAUCAGAGUCUGAAAGGCGGGACUGCCUGCAGGGAUGUGAUAGGUCUGACGGCGAGGGAGAGGACCCGGGAUCUCUGCUUACAUACAUCACAGAGUUCAGAUAUCUGCCCCCGCCACUCUACUCUGAGGUGGACCCCUACCCCGACCCCGUGGAGGUGUGCGGGCCCGCUGACGUCAGGAGACCCGACACGUGUCCGUCCCGCUGAGAAGAGCCCAGAGCUCCGAGGGCUUCUGCACAAACACGACACCGUCACCCCCAGCUUCUCACCAGAUUAUAUAUCAGCAUAAAUAACGCCGGACCCUCCCUCACGGGGGGGGAGUCAGCUGAGAGAGGAUCGGGUGACCACUGACAUAUGGACCAGGGAUUUCGAGCCAUGCUGGAUGUUCCGUAUCCUGCGCUCCAGACGAGGCGAAUUCAAAGGUUCUCUCUCUGACACCACUAUGACUCUGAGGAGGCCCCAAAACAAAGAUGGCCGCUGGUGGUCAGAGGACGCCUCCUCCCGCCUCUCAGAGAAUUUUGCACAUACCGUUGUUACUGUUUUUCUAUGGGUGGGUUUUAUAUUCUGCAGAUCGCCGCAGGCCUAUAUGCUACAGUAGAUUCUGUCCACAGAUGUAAACAUUUAAAAUUUAAAGGCACAGUAACGACAGGAUAGAAUCUGUCUGUAGAAACACACGAGAUGUUCGACUUCAGGUGGCUCCUUUAAGAGAACAAACCCAGACCGAAGACGCGCCUUCUGACGAUGACCGCAGAACGGUGUGAUCAACGACCACCUUGAGUGCUUAAAUCAAAGCUCAAAUAGUGUGUGAAUGUGUGUGUGUGAGAGAGUGUGUGUGGGGUUUAAAUGACCAGGUAUGAACUGAAACAGGGUCUAGAGAAAAAAAAGCACAACUCCGACCAACCGAGAGAAAGCACCACAUGUGGCCUGCUGGCUCUGCUCCGGUCUGAAGCUUGGAGCUCGACAUAAAGUCAAAAAGAUGAAAUGUUUACAGAAGAAUUUAUCAAAUUGAGAAUGUUGUUCAAACAUGAAAUCUUCCACCUGAAACUUCAAAGUACCAAGUGCAAUAUAUUUUUGUAUUUGUGAUUUUUUGCACUAGUUUUUCAUAUACGCUGUUGCUGUUUAUUCCAUUUCUGUGCAUUAUAUAUUAUUGUCAUGAUCUUACUGCUGUCAUGAUCAACUUUUGAUAAAAUAAAAAGUUUAUUUUA